AUGAACUCUUUUUUAGAAUACGCGCAGUGCUUUGUUGCAUUGGCCUUUACCUACACAGCUCGUGUUUUGACCUGGCUGGUUCCGCUGCUUCUGCGCUUUGCGCAAACGCAUCCCACGACUACAAAUGUAUUUGGCUAUCUUUUGGCGGCUUAUAUCUCUUGGAAGAUUAUUUGCCAUUUGUGGACAGUCCUAAAACGCAUCAUGCUAGCUCUCUUGGUGGUUUUCGCUGCACUUCUGUGGUCUCGAGGAUUGCAUCAAGUGGUAUCACACGAUGUUCCUGUACUCAUGCAAUAUUUAGAACCCCACGCAAGCUUUCAAGAGCUAUGGAAUCGGUUUUGCUACUAUGCUCAUCCGACUCGCUUUACACAAUACUACUCAACGGCGCUACAGCUGCAGUUGGAGACUCUCAGAGAUCACUCACUACAGUUUUUGGCCAAUUUGUCAAACUAG